CACACACACACACACACACACACACACACACAGUGAGAGAGCGAGAGUUCACAUAUUAGCAGUGAGAAAUCUGAGGUCCACUUACUGACAGAUUUGAUAGAGGGUCUACUCUCAAAGAAUUGACACAUGAUCUCCUGUGAAAUGAAGUCCACAAACAGAAAUCCAUAUGCAGCAGUGCAGGUGGACCCGGACAGAGAUUACAUCACACCAGGAACAUUAGACUUGGAGCAGAUGUUCUGGACCGGCACCAUUGCUCAGUAUGCACAUGCCAAUCAGGUGUGGCCCAGUGUUUAUAUCGGUGACGAGAAAACUGCUCUGGAGCGGCCUGGCCUGAAGGAUCUGGGUAUUACACAUGUCCUGAAUGCGGCAGAGGGAAAGUGGAAUAAUGUUGUGACUGGUGCUGCUUACUACAGGGACAUGGACAUCAAGUACUUUGGUGUUGAAGCUGAUGACAAACCCACUUUUAACAUGUCACAGUACUUCUGUCCUGCAGCAGAAUUCAUCCACGAGGCUCUCAGCCAUCCACAGAGCAAGGUGUUAGUGCACUGCGUGAUGGGUCGGAGCAGGUCGGCAACUUUGGUCUUGGCAUACCUGAUGAUGAAACGCAGUUUAACUGUAGUGGAUGCUAUAGAUCAUGUGCGCCAGCACCGCUGUAUCCUGCCCAAUCAUGGCUUCCUCAAACAGCUCAGAGCCUUGGACAUCACAUUGCAAGAGGAGAAGAUGAGACUAAAAAGAGAGAUGCAAAAACAAUGAUACCGGAUAAUGUGCCUAUGUGCUCACUUUAGCUCUUUUGAUUCUGUCUCAUGUCAGCCUAAAUGUUUAUUUUUCUAGACAUCAAGUUGUUCUGUUCUUUUUUCCUUUCAUGUCUUUGAUGGCUUUUUUGUAGGACUGUAGGCUACGAGGGACUGGAUAUGGUAAGCCUAAAUGCCUCAAAAAGCCUAGCUAGUGUCAUUUGAUAAUCUUAUUAUAGAAGCUUGUGAUGUUGCAAAGAAAUGUAAAAAUUGUAGACGAAAAGAAAAACAUAUGCAUCAUAUGUACUCACAGUCACCUCAGAGAUGUGCAAGUAAAUUAUAUAUAAAUACCAGGUUUUUGUCAAAUGCAAACACAUCAAAAGACACAUGAAACCCCCUACAAAUUAAUCCUAGAAUUUGUCUCUUUUCAGAGAGAUUUUAAGAGAAAUUUCUGACACCAAACUGAACUAAGAGAGGCUUAAGGUGUACGGUAUGUACCAAUGUUGAGGUCCAAUUAUCUGUCCACACCAACAGGAUGAUGAUCAUCAUCUGUAUGUAAAACAUAUUCAUAUCACCACUCAUUUACUUUAAAUCCAGCAUCUCAGAGGUUGAUAAACAUGCUCUUUUCUCUUUCAGAUUACAACUUUGAAUGUCAAAAUGAUUUCUGUCUUUUCUUUUUUUUUAAUAGGGUUUGGCAAACCUAAAAGUCGUGAAGUUGUUUUAGUUUUACUUUUUCUGCAAGAGAAUUAACAUUAAGAACUUGGUGCUUCUUUAUACUAGUUAUAAAUCUAUGGCGUCAUUUAUUUAGUUGCUGGUUUGUUUUCUUUGUCUGCUUAGUAGAGCAGUUCCACAUAUUUUUCCAGCUAAGAUGACACAUUUCUUAAGUAAUAUUGUAAUUAGUGGCAGCCAUUUUUUGUCUCUGUCUCAUCUAUUUAUCAAAAAAUUGUAUCUUCCAAUUUCACAUUGCUGUAGACCAAAGUCAGU